GGCGCGGCAGAGGCGGGUCGGGUAGCUCACAGUACGCAGUUUGGUUAUGAUCGAGCGGAGCGGACGCGGCUCAGUAGCUGGCUGGCUUAGCGGGUCUCAGCGCUGAGACAGCGGGCGGGGGAAUGGCUCCUCUGCGGGGUCCUAAGGCGGGAAUGGAGGAGCCGGAGCCGGCUGCGGGCUCCUCCCCGCGGCGCUUCACCUGGGAGGAGAUCGGGCUCCGCACGGGCCGGGGGCACCCGCAGCAGGAGCGGUGGCUGGUGAUCGACAGGAAGGUCUAUGACAUCAGCCAGUUCUACCGGCGCCACCCGGGGGGCGCCCGAGUCAUCAGCAGCUACGCGGGGCAGGACGCCACGGAUCCCUUUGAAGCAUUUCACAUUGAUAAGGGGCUGGUGAGAAAGUAUAUGAGCUCAUUGCAGAUCGGGGAACUGGCCCUGGAUCAACCAAGCUUUGAGCCCACCAAAAAUAAAUUGCUGGUAGAGGACUUCCGGGAGCUGCACACCACUGUUGAAAGGAUGGGACUCCUCAACCCCAACCACCUCUUCUUCUUCCUGCUUCUCCUGCACAUUCUGAUGCUGGAUGUUGCUGGAUGGUUUGUUCUUUGGUAUUUUGGGACAUCUUUAGUGCCUUUCCUCAUCUCUACAGUGCUGCUGACUAUUUCUCAGUCCCAGGCUGGUUUUCUGCAGCACGAUUUGGGGCACCUUUCAGUUUUCAGCAGUACCAAAUGGAACCACUUGGUUCACGAGUUUGUGAUGAGCCAUCUGAAGGGGCUUUCAGCACAGUGGUGGACUCUCCACCAUUCCCAGCACCAUGCCAAGCCCAACUGCUUCCAUAAGGACCCUGAUAUUGCAAUGCAUCCCUUCUUGUUUGCUUUGGGAAAGAUACUCUCUGUGGAGCUCGGCAUGAAGAAGAAGAAGUUUAUGCCUUACAAUCAUCAGCACAAGUAUUUCUUCAUCACUAUGCCCCUGCUUGUGGUUCCAGUGUUCCAGUUGUACUCCUUGUACUUCAUAUUCCAGCGCAAACUAUGGAGGGAACUAGCUUGGACUCUGACCUACUUCAUCCGAUUCUUUCUUUUCUUCGAGCCCUUACUGGGAGUAACGGGUGUCCUGGGAUUCCUCCUGCUACUCAACGUCCUAGAGAGUAUCUUGUUUACCUGGAUAUCACAAUUGAACCACAUCCCUAUGCACAUUGAUUAUGAUAACAAUAUGGACUGGUUCUCUACACAGCUCCAGGCGACAUGCAACGUGGAUCAGUCCCUGUUCAAUGACUGGUUAACUGGGCACCUGAACUUCCAAAUUGAGCAUCAUCUUUUUCCUCGGAUGCCACGACACAACUACUGGAAGGUGACCCCCCUGGUGAAGUCAGUAUGUGCCAAACAUGGCAUCGAGUACCAGAGCAAGCCCCUGCUCACUGGCUUUGGAGAUAUUUUGCGCUCUCUGAAGGAUUCGGGGGAACUCUGGCUUGAUGCCUAUCUGCAUGGAUAAGCAGCAGCAGCUCCUAUGGAGGAGUUACCUGGGAUUGACUGCCAUGAAGAUGUAGUACACAGCAGGUUCAGGGAGAUGAGUGGGCCUAGUUGCUGCGGUGGGAGAGCUGUUGGGCUUAGUUUCAGUGUAGUGCGGGACAGCCAAAACUUAAGGUUGUAGAAUUCAUUGCUGUUCUGUUUUUCAUCCCGGUGGAAGGCUUUAUUGACAAAGCAUGGGCAGUCAGGCUUUUUCUUAAUCUAAUUUGUUCUGGCAUGGCACUUGACAGCUGGGAUCAUGCUACCAAGAAUGUUCUGUUCCCAGAACCUGAGUCAGAAUCCGUGUUUAUCCAGUUGCAUCAUCCCUUUUGGAGUUAACUACCAGACUACCGGGGGAGAGAGGAUGCCUUUGUAGCUUUCCAUAUCAAUAAAACACUGAUGAGAAAGUCCAUGAACUUGCUGCUGAUUGGGGAGCUGGCACCUGGUCAACCCAGCUUUGAGUCCUGCAAAAAUAUUAAGCUCCUUAAGUCUCUGACCGAAAAAGGAAUUUUUUCCAGCUCUUUAAUCACUUUGUGGCUCUUCUCUGCACCCUCUCGGAUUUUUCAAUAUCCUUUUUAAAAUGUGGACACCAGAAGUGCAUGCCAUAUUCCAGUGUCAGUCUGACCAAUUCUGGCAAACAGAGGUAAAAUCACCUUCCUACUCCUAUUUACCAUUCCCCUAUUCAUGCACCUAAAGAUCACAUUAGCUCUUUUUGCCACAGCAUUAAACUGGGAACUCAUGUACAGUGGCUUGUCCACUAUGGCCCCCUAAAUCCUCUUCAAAGUCACUGCUUUCCAGGAUACAAGUCCCCCAUUCUGUAGGUAUGACCUGCAUUUUUUGUUCCUAGAUGUAUGUGUAAUAAAACACAUUUUGUUUGAUUAGGCCCAGCUUACCAGUGAACCCGCGAGCAGCGGCACCGGAGGCAGCAAACAGGGCGGCUAACAGGGGAGUUUGAGAGGGAGUUUGCAGGGAGAGGAGGAACUGUGUCUUGUAGAAGCUAUGGAUGUGGGAAACUCAUACCUCUUAAGUUGCCACCCUGACUCAGAAAAAGGUUCUGAAGAGAAGCAGUGGAGGAGCACUGGCUGUAGGGUGCUCAGACCAACUCCAGUCUCUAUCUGUCUCAGAACGCACAUACAAGAGAGUUCCAGGGCUGGUGGUUCUAGCAUGAUUUGGGGCACCUUUCAGUCUUCACCAAGUCCAAAUAGAACCACUUGUGUCAUGAGUUUGUGAUGUGCAAUCUAAAGGGGUUGUCAUCCACAUGGCAGAAUCGCCAGCAUAACCACCAUCACGCCAAAACCAACUGCUUCCCCAAGGACCCUGAUAUUCUACUACAUCACUCCCUUUUUGCCUUGGGAAAGACACUCUCUGUGGAGCUUGGGAUGAUGAAGAAGAAAUUGAUACCAUCAGCACAAAUAUUUCAUCAGGCUGAGUUCCCUCUCUGGAAUGGCAUUCCCCUCUUCCAGUGAGAGGCAGGAUGGCAGCAAGAAGUCAGUGGUGAAGUUUCCUCAAAGCCUUUCAACCAACCAGGGCUUUGGGGCAGAGAAGCCAGUUCCACUCUCUGGCCAUCGUCUAAUGAAUGAAGGCUCAGGGAAAGGGUAAAAGUGGCCCUUCAAUACAGCUGGCAUGUGCAUGUGGAAUGAGCGAGUUCUCACCUAGCAAUUUCCACAGCCUCCCAGUUUAAUUCCUCCAAGAAAUCAGACAGAGAAGACUUUUCCUCCCAGCCUGGUGGGAGAUAUAAAUACAUGAGGAAGAAGCAUGUACUGCUGCAUAGGAUGUACUGCAUCUACAGGAGCUUCAGAUGGGAGGUGUGACGUUGCACUCCAUAUGCUUUAUGAAAAUAUGCUUAUGAAUGUGAAUAUGAUGUAACUGGAAUAUGCUUUAUGCAAAAGGUUUCUUGUAAGAUGUCAUUACAAAGCUUAUAAUCUACUGAGUGUGUUAUCCUAAUUGUUUGCAUGUAUUAUUUCUAUCUCUGAAGUUAGGAGAAUAAGAUAUAAACUUGUAUCACUGAUGUAAACAUAUUAAGUGGAAGCCAUUAAGGGUGCUUCAGAUUCAAUGAACUGUAAAUGGCUCAGUUUAUUUGCAAACCUUCCUGUGUACAUGUGGGCCAGUCCAGGAAGAAUGGAGGGUGGGGGUCUCACAGGACGUGAUCAUGUCACCUGAUAUUGGAAUCCAUCUUAAUCCCUGUACUUUUCCAUUCGAAAGGAGGGAUGGGGGCCAAGCACAGACAAAGGACUCCUGUCUUGUGCAAAAGCUAUGUAAAGGGGGUGGAGCAGGACAAAGGGGCUUCCAGUCAUGUGAAAACCCCUAGUUACCACCUGAGACGGCUGCUGGAAUUAACAAGGACUGUACCGGGGAAAGGAUUGGGCCCAGACUAGGAAGGAGUCUAGUCUAUGAAAGAAGCUUCUUGGAACAUCUCUGAGGGUGAGAAAUUACCUGUAAUCAGUUUCUUAAUGUAUUAGGCUUAGACUUGCAUGUUUUUGCUUUAUUUUGCUUGGUAACUUAUUUUGUUCUGUCUGUUAUUUCUUGAAACCACUUAAAUCGUACUUUUUAUGCUUAAUAAACUCACUUAUGUUUAUUAAUGAA